AUGCCUAAAGUUAAGAGGAACGUAUUUAAUGACAGUCAAAAAAGGAUGAAGAAAAAGAAGACAAAGCCAAGCAUACCAGAAGAUAGUGAAAGUGACGAAGUUAGUGAUGAACUGCCGGACAUUUCCAAAUACGAUCCAGAAGAUGACCUCAGACCUGCAGAUUUUGAUCAUUCUGCAACCUGUUCUGGAGUUGGAGAUUAUGUAAUUGUCAAAUUCCCCACAAAACGAACAUGUCUUCACUAUUUUGGUAAAAUACAAAAUGUAAAUGAACAAGGAAGUAAUUGUGUUAUAAAUUUCUUACGCAAGAAACCAAACUCAAACACGUUCUUUUUCCCUGAAACUUUAGAUAUUUCAGAAGUGGAAUUUUGCGAUAUAGUUUUACGUUUAAGUCCCCCGAACAACGUAGCUGGUACCAGCAGAACUCAAAGUUUUUUUAAUUUUGAUAUUGACUUGAGCAAUUUUGAAAAUCUAAACUAA